CUGGCGGUAGAGGCCCGUGAGGCGGCGGCGGCGGGUGGUGCCGGCCCCCUCCCGCGCUGCCUCGGGAGCUCGUCCCUGGGUUGUUCGGUAGGGGGUUCCCCAGGGCCCCUAUGGCCGUUCCCAGCGGGGCCUGCGACGCGCCUUAGCUUGUGUUUCCGCCGGGCACCCCCACCUCCGCCAGCUUCCCGGGGCACCCGGCGCCGCAGGCGGCCCGGCUGAGCCCCGGCUGGAAGCUUCUGUCCCCUACCCGCCGUCAGCCCGGCCCUUCCUCAGGGGCGCCAUGAGCGCGACGGACUGCUCUCCGGGGAGCUCCCCUCGCUCCAGAAGGCUUGCAACCCCCCAUGUCUCAUCCAGAUAUGCUAGUUCUCAGUCUCCGAGUCAGCAGGACUUUACUCCUCUCCCUUCAAUCAAUGAGCGCUUGGCCUUUCUCCGGCCCUCCCGGGAGCUGCUGGAAUACUACCGCAAGAAGAUUGAUGACUUUGAUGAGGAACAUGAGGAUUUGGUGAAAAGGCUGGAGAGAUACAAAGAAACAUAUGAUGAGCAGCACAAAUUGCAAUGGGAAGUACAUCAGCGAGAAGAGGAGAUUGUGGAGUUGCAAAAGGCUUUGAGUGAUAUGCAAGUCUACCUCUUCCAGGAGAGGGAACACGUCCUUCGUCUUUACUCAGAGAAUGACCGGCUGAAAAUCAGGGAACUGGAGGAUAGAAAAAAAAUUCAACAUCUCCUGGCUUUAGUGGGAACAGACAGAGGAGAAGUUACAUAUUUUCACAAGGAGCCUCCACAUAAGGUUACUGUUCUGCAAAGGCCAGCUAAAUCCAGAGAGUCACAUGAACAAAAUGAUACUUCUAGAACAGGCACCAAGAGGAGCACUUCAAAACCAGCAGCAAAAGGAGAGAAACCAGAAGGUCCUGAGAGAUAUCAGAGAGAUAAUCAAACACUUCUACUUCAGGUGGAGGCCCUGCAAGCUCAGAUAGAAGAACAGACACGAUUAUCCAAGGAACAGGUUGAGGCACUACUAGAGGACAGGCGGAUUCACAUGGAGGAAGCCCAGCUCCAGCAUCAGAGGGACCAGGACAAGAUCAAAACUAUAACAGAUAAACUCCAUAAGACCCAAAAUCUCUUAUAUGAGAGUACCCGUGACUUUCUUCGGCUCAAGUUUGAUGCCCGAGCCAAUGAGAAAGCAUGGAUGGCAGAGAAGGACAGUCUGCUGAGGAAACUUGACAAAGAUCUGGAUCAGCUUACUAUCAGUAGGGAGCCAGGAAGAGAGAAGAAGCAGAGAGGUACCAAGAAGAUGCUUCGAGCAGAUGAUGGAGCUUGGAAACUCCACAGCAGAGAAAUAAAGUCACUGCAAGAACAGCUAAUGCAGGAACAGCGCCUAUCAAACAUGUAUAGAGAGCAGUGUGUCACCCUGGAAGGUGAGCUGGCUAGGAUUCGUGAGGAGGGAGAUGUUGGCAGAGAACUCUUUAAGGAACGCUCAGAAAAGAUGGGGAAGCGCCUGAAGCUGAUGACUCAGCGAUAUGAAGCCUUGGAAAAACGUCGUAAUAUGGAAGUGGAAGGCUUCAAGAAUGACAUUAAACAGCUUCGGCAGAAGUUGAAAGAUGUAGAGAAACAGCUUUUUAUGGUGACUCUGAAUAUUGGACCAGACCAGGAUCUUGCAAUUCUCCAUGAGGUCCGCCAAGGAAACAGACUAACCCGUAAAAUUCAAGGAGAACUAAAAAACUUAAAAGCAAAAAUCUAUGGCUUAGAGAAUGAACUACGGGUCUGCUGAAGCUGAGGUAUUAGCUAGCAUCCUAGUUUUAGGAAUGGGACAUUGCUAGGCUGGAAUAGUCAUAUGUGAGAGCAGCUCCUGCCUGUCUGCUUCCUGGCAUUCAGUGACAGAAGGCUUGAGGAAAUCUGCAGUUAAUGUCAUAACACUGUACAUGAGCCGUUCUUAACAUGCCAGAUUAUAUUGCUGUUUCUGCUGAGAGAUGGCACUUGAUAAGACUGACAUAGAAAGUACAUGAUGACUGAUAUAUCAGGAAUAUGCUUAUGACUUCAUCUUACCGUCAUAUCUGUGGUAGGGGUCAGUGUAUACUGGCCUUCACCUUUAUUUGGAGCACAUUAUAAACCACAUAUAUGGUUAUAAUGACAUUAAUAAUCACGGAAGGAUCUAGUUCAAGAUCUGAAUUGCUUGACUGACCUUUUCCUAUGUGAGAAGCAGCUUUUAAAAUGGUUUAAAUGAUUACUGUUUUGGCGCUUAGGCACAUCAGGAUGUAACUGGAAAUUUUCUUUGAAAAAGACCACGUAUAGAAAGUACAUACUAAAGUGUUUUACAACUGACUCUCCCCUUGACAGUAUAACUAUUUUAAAAUGGCUUCCCUUUGCUUGGUUCUAACCUCAUUGGGACAAACCUGACUGAUUUAAUAUGGUGGAAAAAGAUAACCUGUUAUAGAAGCUUCAUCUGCAAGAACCAGCAACAUCUACACUUGUUUUGAAUGUUUGGAGGGGAGGGAAAUACUACACUAUCGAGUGUUGUCACCUCGUCCCCUUCCUCCCAUUUUAUCUUAACACACAGAGAAAGCCUAUAAUAAAAGGCAUCUAGUAUCUUCCUUAACCACCAUAUUAUCUAUCUUUGUAGCUUUAAACAAUAUCUUGGUUAUGUACCAACAAAUCAUGGUCAGCUUUUGCUACAGCAGUUGUUGCUACUGAACUGUAACUGAAAUUGGGGUGGCAGAGCAGGUGCCUAGUUGCUGCAUGAUAAAUAUAACUCUAUGAUGAUUAUCUUCAUACCAGACAUCAGGACAUCACAAUUCUAGAAAUCGGAUGAAAUCAUGAAAAGGGUUACAGCAUGGCUUCAGCCCACUUUAUAAUUGCAGGUAUUCAUGCUUUUACUGUAGCAUCAGCAAAUCUUGUCCACCUUGUAGGCUGAGAGCAGAUCUGUGUUGGGAAAAGGAUUUCAGUGCCUCUGUUUCCUACUGUACCUUGUUAAAUGUGACAGAAGCAGAAUAAUGUCUUUCUGAAGUAUACACCUAUAGGCUACCAGCACUUCCUUUCCUGUUGAAAAGGAUUUAGUGUGUGAAAGCAGGCAGUUUCUUUUGGACAUGGUAGUGGCCAUGGAGUUCCUCAUUGUGUUUGGGAGAGGUAGAUAUGCAAAAGAUGUUUUUGUACUGUCAAGAUUUGGAGAAAGAAUUGUUUUUAUAGCACCAGCUAAAGCAAUGCAGGAUGGGAAAUUUGCUCAAGAAGUCAAGGCCCACUUCAAUUGUGUUUCCUUUUUGUGACAAACUUGCUGUCUCUCCCUCAUGGUCCUGUACUGUGGCUUUUAUUCUGUGUGUGUUCUUAACGUCAAAUUCAUCACAGACAAACUGUAGUGUUGGGUGGCUGGUAGUCUGUACGUAAAUGCUCAACUACUACUACAACUUAGGAGAGGCUGUUUUAAAGUAUGUUGCACCAAUUAGUUUAGCUGAAAAUGCUGAACUGUUCAGAAACUGAUUCAUGAACAACUUGGGUGCUGAUGCUAUGUGGACAGUUGAGGAAAGUUAUUAAAUAAUGCUAUCCAU